UCUCCUCCUCCGAGAUCGGUGGGCUUGCCUCUUCCUCGGCGGAAAGGUUUCUCUUGGUUGAUGAGGGGUUUUACGAACCCUACAGAUCCUCCCUUCUUCCUGUAGAGGCUGCUGAAGCAUCAGGAAUUAAGGUAAAGGUCUGCUGGCCAUGGGCAAUCUGAUAAAGGUAUUGGGCAAAGAUUUAGAAAACUGCCCUCAUUUCUUCCUGGAUUUUGAAAGUGUCACAUGGGGAACCUUCUUAAAGUGUUGACUUAUAACGAGCUUGACCAAGGCCCUAGUUUUUUCCUUGACUUUGAACAUGCACAGCCCACGGAAGCCGAGACGGCUGUGUGGAACCAGGUGAAUGCCGUCCUGGAAGAGGCCCAGACCAUCCUGGCGGAAUUGCAGUCCUACACGGGAGCUGGACAAGAGAUUAGAGAGGCAAUCCAGAACCCCAGUGACUUGGAGCUGCAAGAGAAAGCGUGGAAUGCAGUCUGUCCUCUAGUGGCAAAGCUGAAACGGUUUUAUGAAUUCUCUCUUAGACUUGAGAAUGCUUUGCGGAGCCUGCUGGAAGCCCUCACCAGUCCACCAUACGCGCCGACUCAGCACCUGGAGCGAGAACAGGCCCUGGCCAAGCAGUUUGCAGAAAUCUUACACUUCACUCUCAGUUUCGAUGAGCUCAAGAUGACCAACCCUGCCAUCCAGAAUGACUUUAGCUACUAUAGGAGAACCAUCAGUCGAAACCGAAUCAAUAAUUUGCAGUUAGAUGCGGAGAGCGAAGUGAACAAUGAAAUGGCCAAUCGGAUGUCCCUGUUCUAUGCAGAAGCCACCCCAAUGUUGAAAACUCUGAGCAACGCCACUACUAAGUUUGUUUCAGAGAACAAAACUCUCCCCAUAGAGGACACGACUGACUGCCUAAGCACCAUGGCUUGUGUCUGCCGGGUGAUGCUGGAAACUCCGGAAUAUCGGAGCCGGUUCACCAACACGGAAACACUCCUGUUCUGCAUGCGAGUGAUGGUGGGGGUCAUAAUUCUCUAUGACCAUGUCCAUCCUGUGGGGGCUUUUGCCAAGACCUCCAAAAUUGAUAUGAAAGGGUGCAUCAAGGUCUUGAAAGACCAGCCGUCCAACAGCACAGAGGGCCUCCUCAACGCGCUGAGGUACACCACUCGGCACCUCAAUGACGACACCACAUCCAAGCAGAUCCGGGCCUUGCUGCAAUGAAGACCUCCCCCGGGGGGGGGGGAGGAGGUCAAGGGGAACCAUUCACCA